AUGUAUAUCGAUGGUGAUGGUGUUGAUAAAAAUUAUGAUAAAGCUUUUAAGUUAUGUAAAAAAUUAGCGGGAAAGGGAUGUCCUAGUGGAAUAAAUUUGUUAGGAUAUUGUUAUGAUAUUGGAAUUGGAACUGAUAUUGAUAAGGAAAAGUCAUUUGAAUUAUAUCGAAAUGCUGCAGAUUUAGGAAAUUUGAAUGGAUUAAAUAAUUUAGGAAUUUGUUAUGAGGGUGGAGUUGGAACUAAUGUUAAUAAACAAAAAGCAUUUGAAUCAUACCAAAAAGCAACAGAAUUAGGAAGUACGAAUGGAAUGACUCAUUUAGGAUGGUGUUAUGAAGAAGGAUUUGGAACUGAUGUUAAUGUGAAAAAGGCAUUUGAAUUAUAUUCGAAGGCAGCAAAUUUGAAAAAUAAAUAUGCUCAAUAUAAUCUUGCUUUGAUGUAUGAAAAAGGAAAGGGAAUUGAAAAAAAUAUGGAACAGGCAAUUUACUGGUAUAAAAAGUCGGCCGAACAAGAAUAUUAUAAUGCUAAAAAAAAAUUACAAAAACUUAUAAAAAAUGAUAAACAGAAUGCAUACGAAUAUUUUAAAAAAGCUGCAGAAUUAAAACAUGAUGCAGCUCAAUAUAACCUUGCUAAUAUGUAUAUCGAUGGUGAUGGUGUUGAUAAAAAUUAUGAUAAAGCUUUUAAGUUAUGUAAAAAAUUAGCGGGAAAGGGAUGUACUAGUGGAAUAAAUUUGUUAGGAUAUUGUUAUGAUAUUGGAAUUGGAACUGAUAUUGAUAAGGAAAAAGCACUUGAAUUAUAUCAUAAGACAGCAAAUUUAGGCAACUGUUUAGCACAAUAUAAUCUUGCUCAUAUGUAUAAAGAUGGAGAAGGUGUUGAAAUAGAUUUUGAUAAAACUUUUGAGCUUUUUAAAAAAUCUGCUGAAAAAGGUUAUUCGGACGCAAUUUCUAUGUUAGGAUAUUGUUAUAAUAAUGGAAUUGGAACUAUUGCUGAUACGCAAAAAGCAUUUGAAUUAUAUCAAGAGGCAGCAAUUUUAGAUAACAAUUGCGCUCAAUUUAAUCUUGCUUUAAUGUAUGAAAUUGGUGAAGGGAUUGAAAAAAAUAUGAAACAAGCAAUUUAUUGGUAUAAAAAAUCUGCUAAUAAAGGGAAUGAGGAUGCUCAACUUAGAUUAGAAGAGCUUUUAAAAGAUUUUUGAGUUAACAUUAAUAAAUAAUUUAUAAAUAUCUUUUUGUGGUAUCCUAGAUUUAAUACAAUUUUUUUUUUUAUUGAGCUGGCAUUUUGAAUUAUACAAAAUUGAUCCGUUUGAUUCAUGAACGAUGGAUUAAGUUCAUUUCAUUUUAGAUUUUUGAUCUUUAUUUUUU